GAUCCAGUGGGUAGGAGCCUGGUUCAAACCCGCCAUUUUCCUGGAACUCCUGCUCCUUUUCGGCAGAGGAAGAAAGAGGAUUUGAACCCUGGGUGGCGACAGCUGCCCAAGUGACCGCCUGUAAAUUAGAAAAGCUUGGAGCAGCCCGUCCCGCUCAGGGCUUUUCCUUCCUGGGUUUUCAGUUUACUUUUUCUUGUUUUUGGUUGUGUGUAUUUUUAUUUCUAACCUUUCUUCUUGAUCUGCUUGGCCGGGGUGGCUCCGUGAGAGGGAUUUAAACCCCCUCUGUGCGUGAAUCUGCUGCUGGCGAGGAGGGAAGAUGUCGGGACAGAGUAUCACGGACCGUAUUGCUGCGGCUCAGCAUAGUGUCACCGGCUCGGCCGUCUCUAAAACCGUUUGUAAAGCCACCACACACGAGAUUAUGGGCCCCAAGAAGAAGCACCUAGAUUAUCUCAUUCAGUGUACAAAUGAGAUGAAUGUAAACAUACCUCAGCUGGCAGAUAGCCUUUUUGAAAGAACUACAAAUAGUAGCUGGGUGGUGGUAUUCAAGUCUCUCAUCACAACUCAUCAAAUGAUGGUUUAUGGAAAUGAGCGUUUUAUCCAGUACCUAGCUUCAAGAAACACCUUAUUCAACCUGAACAAUUUUCUAGAUAAAAGUGGGUUGCAAGGAUACGACAUGUCUACUUUCAUCCGGCGCUAUAGUAGAUACCUAAAUGAAAAAGCAGUCUCCUACAGACAGGUUGCUUUUGACUUCACAAAGGUGAAAAGAGGGGCUGAUGGAGUUAUGAGAACAAUGAGUACAGAGAAAUUGCUAAAGACUAUGCCCAUUAUACAGAAUCAAAUGGAUGCACUGCUGGACUUCAAUGUCAGUGCCAAUGAACUCACAAAUGGAGUGAUCAAUGCAGCUUUUAUGCUUCUGUUCAAAGAUGCCAUUAGACUUUUUGCAGCUUAUAAUGAAGGGAUCAUUAAUUUAUUGGAGAAAUAUUUCGACAUGAAGAAAAACCAGUGCAAGGAGGCUCUUGAUAUAUACAAAAAGUUCCUUACUAGAAUGACAAGGAUCUCUGAAUUCCUCAAAGUUGCAGAACAAGUUGGAAUUGACAGGGGAGACAUACCAGACCUUUCUCAGGCACCAAGUAGCCUUCUUGAUGCAUUAGAACAGCAUCUGGCUUCAUUGGAAGGCAAGAAAGUUAAAGACUCUUCGACAGCUGCUAGCAGAGCUACCACCCUUUCAAAUGCAGUCUCAUCACUUUCUAACACAGGCAUGUCACUCAGCCGAGUAGAUGAAAGAGAAAAACAAGCAGCUUUGGAGGAAGAACAGGCCCGGUUGAAAGCACUCAAGGAACAGCGUUUGAGGGAACUUGCAAAAAAAUCCUAUCCAUCUUCUGCAACAACUGCCGCAUCACCCAGUUCAACCUCGGGUGGAAGUAUCAGCACAACUGCAGCCGUAGACCUCUUCUCAACACCUAGUUCUUCCAACAGCACUUCCAAAGUGCCAAAUGACUUGCUUGAUCUUCAGCCAACAUUUCAGCCAUCCAUGCAAUCUAUCUCAACGAUGGCUCCAGCAUCUAAUACAUGGGGAGAUCCUUUCUCCUCUUCUGGUGCUGGUGAUGAAGCCAUUCCAAGUUUAAAUCCUUUUCUUACGAAACCUGAUGAAGUUCUAAAUACCACUGUCGCCUUCUCAGAUGGUGUGACCUAUACUUCUAGGACGCAUAGCCAUGAAAUGUUUGAUCAUUUCAAUCCUUUUACUGAGCCAAGUUCUACUGUUGCCACAAAUUAUGAAUACACUCCUCGGAUUGACCGUAUUGCCACAGAUUCCUUCUGUGGUCCUCCAGCCUAUUCUAAUGCUUCCCAGUUUAGAACUGAGCCCUCUGCUGUAGCUGGUCUAUUCACAGGGUUCAAUCCCUCGCCAGCUACUCAGGCACCAUCAUCAACAAGCCUUAAUGUUGACUUUGAGUCCGUAUUUGGGACUAAAUCAACUUCCACAACCAACAGCAUCAUUGAUUCUGGUGACUUUGAUGGAUUAGGUGGACUCUUGAAACCAACAAUAGCUUUGCAGAAUCAGUCUCAGCCACUUGCAAAGGAGCAACCAGGCAAGCUUGUAGGAGAAGAUUUGGAUUCAUCGUUGGCCAACCUUGUAGGCAACUUGGGAAUUGGAAAUGGAUCCACAAAAAAAAGUGAUCUUCAUUGGAACCAGCCUGGGGAAAAGAAGUUGACUGGAGGAACCAACUGGCAGCCAAAGCUUGCUCCUACUACUACCUGGAAUCCUGCUACAAUGGCCCCUCCCAUAAUGGCUUACCCAGCGACAACACCGACAGCAGUGAUGGGAUAUGGCAUGCCACCUGCAAUGGGAACUAUGCCUAUGAUGACGCAACAAACAAUGAUGUAUACCCAACCAGCCAUGAGACCAUCAAACCCUUUCAGUUCUGUACCUGGAGCACAGUUGCCUACAGCCUCAAGUCCUUCUAAUCAAAGUCCUCCUAGAGCUCCUGGAAAGGAUCCGUUUGCAGAGCUCUCUCUCAAGGAUUUCUUGUAGAACAGACAAGAUACACUUUAUGUAAUGGCAUCAAACGGAACCAUUCUGAGAAGAUAAGUGCUAAGCAGCAAAUUUUAUUCUUCUUGCAAAAUACUCGCUGUUUGUGAAACUAUCUUCCAUAAGGAUGUUCUCAAUAUGGAUAAUAACAAGAUUGCAGAAUGACCAAGGUGAAAAGUUUAUUGGAAAACACAUGUUGAUGUAUCAACGUAAGCAGCAAGUGGAAAGACUUAUUUUGAUUGAAUCGGUCAUCAGCCAAUCAUGAUUUUAAAUUGUUCCAACCAAUAAUGCCAUACAAAACAUCAAAUAGUUAUGUUCUCAUACUGAGUGAAACUUUUAUUGAUUUAGAAUUGACAGCUUGAAGAACGCUAAGAUUAUGGCUAAGAGCUGCUGGAUUGUAAAUUAUCAGGAUUUGGUAGGGUAUUCUUUGAAAAGCAGCAGUAAAUUAUGUAACUUUUGUAUGUACACCAAGUAUCAGUUUUUCUUUCACUUUCACAGAAUAAUCGUGCUAAAAUUAUUAAUUCGGAAUUUUACUUUUUAUUCAAGUUUGUAGUAGACAUUCCUUGUGUACUAUGUUUAUAUUUAUUUAUGACUGUGUCAGAUUAAGUAACAAUAUUGCAUCAGAUGCUUUCUGUGAGGAUUAAUAUGAAUGUGCAUGCUUCAUCAGGUUAGAUGAAAACAUGAAUUUGAAUGGAAAAUGCAGUUAAUUGAAAGAUGAAGCACUAAAUAUUCUACAACUCAGUUUACUUACCCCUUGUACAAUUAUUUGUAGGCAGAUUCUCAAUCCUGCAUUUGUAUGGAAUUUAGAGUGAAUAAUGUAUUAAUCAAUGUAGCUAAUUCUGUGCCUAGGAUUUUGCAAUGGAACAGUUAUUGACUUGCAAACUACUACUUUUGUAUUUUGGCAUUAGCAUAAUUGGGAGGGCCUUUCUAUGCUCAGCAUGUCAUUAUUUUACAUCGGAGUUUAAUGCUGCCUUUCCUGACUAGAAUGUAAAGAAUUGCCUUCAGUUCACGAAGAUCCUCUACCUCCAUAGGACUCCAAAUCAUAUGCAGAUCUCAGAACACUUAAAAUGUUUGUUUAAAUGUCCACACAUGGUGUCUUCACUUGGUUGGUUCUGAGAAGACUUGUUUACACAAAGUUGGAAAUGAGGGAAUAGUUUCUGUGUAGAAUUUUUUUAAAAAGUAAAGCAAGAUAAAAUGUAACACAGCACUGUUGAUCGGUGCUCACUGUAUAUAACAUAAACUCUAUUCGCAUCACUGGUGUGAAGGAUGGCUUGAGCUUAAGGCAAUUCAGUACACUAACUUUGCAAAAUUUUGCUGCAUUGUCUUUGCAGAAUAUAUUUUGUUUAAAUGAAAAAAAAUGUAUGUUAGGGGAAAAUUUGGUGGAUUUUCAAAUAGAGCAGCUUUCACUGACAUUUUGUUACCAAUUAGGUCCAAGUUACAUCUCUUGAUUCCAAUAGAUCCUGUGCAUGGAUAUAAUAAUUCUGCAUUAUUUAAUAAAAGAAAACAAGCAUUUGUAGGAAGCUGUUAUGUCACAUUGAUCUUUUUCAUCAAUGGAAAGGCUUUGCUGCCGGACAUUAUCUGACCAUUUGAACAGAUCUUCAAACCUUUUAACUCUUCGAGGUAAAGUUGCUCAGGAUUCGUCAGAAAAAAUGGAUAUCAGUAAUGUCAAUGAUUCUAUUUGUUUGUUGUGGAUUCUUUUUUUUAAAUGUGCACUUGUGUUUGCCACAAAUAUGUCAGAUGUAAAUUGAUAUUGAUUUAACUGAAAUGAAAAAUGUUAGGGUAAAUAUUUCAACUUAAAAUACUGUCUCGAAAUCACUUAAGACAGUUGUACAAAAAUGUUGCAUUCUUUAUGUUGUGAUUUCUGGACAUAUCUUGGGGCACCUCUGCUUCAAGACAAUUGGGCAAUGAAUCUUUCACAAAAUAAGGCAUGGCCAACUAAUCUCACUGAAUUUUGUAAGACCACUAAUAUGGUGACAGGGUAAUUUCAUCAAUAUUGCCUACCUGGGGAUACAGACGGAAUUUGGUAAGGUUGAGUACAAAAUUAUUACCAACAAUGAGAGUACAGUGAUUGGAGUUCACCUUGUGGCAUAGGUUAUUAAUUGGCUGGUUGAUAUGAUUCACAGAAAUUAAAAUGGUUUAUUUGUGGCAUAGUGUGAUCUGGUGUUUCAUAAUGAUCUACACUGAGGCCUCCCUUUUGUGCCUUAGAUGAGGGCGUCGGAAGUUCUGUAUCUGGUUUGCAAAUGACAUGAAGUUAAGAGGUAUGAUAACUUUUAGAGAGGAAAGCAGGAUAUUACAUUGUUACAUCAUUUUGCCAAUUCUAUGGCAUUUGUUUGCGAGAGCCCAUCCAGUUUGGAUUGAAUCAAGAUAAAUCCAUAAUAUUUUCCUCAUGGUGCGUGUAUAAUAACAAUUGAGGAGCAAAAGGAUUGAGUGUUCAUGUGCAUAAUUUACCAUAUGUUAAUACUCUGUACAAAAGGUAACAAGGCAAAUAGAAUGUUGGCUUUAAUCUCAAAAGGAAAGGAAUGAGAUUUGUAUCAGUUGCACAGAAACUUGCUUAGACUCUUGUAGAGUGCAACAUUUGUUUGUGAGAACAAACCAAUGAAAGAUCUUGGGUGGGAUUAUGCAUAGAUAUGCCAGAAUGGUACAUGAAUUUAAAGGGCUAAGUUGAGGGUGAGAUGCAGAAACGUGGAUUGUAUUCCAUUGAGUUAAUGUAUUGAGGCGUAAUGUAUAAAGAGAUUUCGGUAGGGCAGUUAUAGACAAACUAUUUUCUCUAUGUGGGGACUUGAAUGCAAUUUCAAAGAUGUGAAAUUCCAGCUAAGCCAUUGAGAAGUAAAAGUAGGAAAUAGGUUUUACGUUCAAAUUUAGUUUCCUUCUGCAAAAGGGUACAGAUGUUGGGACAAUUUAAAUUUUUCAAGACUAAGGUCAAUAAUUAUUUACUCAGGUUAUGAAAGAUGGUUAAAUGGAGUUGGGCCCAGAUCAGCUAUAACAGAAUGGAGAAACAGGCAGGAGGUGAUCAAGGUGUGUUUACGUUACUACAGUACUCCUUCCUCCCAUCUCCCUUUAUCUUACUUUUCUCACCUCUUCUCACUCCACAAGCUGCAGUUUAAUAGCCUGCAGCCAGAGAAUAAUCUAUGUUGCCACAGUUUGACCUUGGAGUAACUUGUUGACAAUUUAAUUAAAUUUUACUCCUUGUGAGUUGGAAACUGACAGUGAAAAGGUAUUAGAGAUAGUAGGAACUGCAGAUGCCGGAGAAUCUGAGAUAACAAG